GCUUGGGUGGGGCCCGUCCAUGGAGGCCGGGGCCGAGGCUGCAUCACAGGCCAGGAGGCCGGAGCACAAGGCGACCUGCCGCGUCCUCUUCGCCCUGACGUACGUGGAUGUUUUACCUCUGCUGAGGGGACCACUGGGACGUCAGGAUCAGCCCAGGUCAUUUCCCGGCUCCAAGGGGUCGUUACACCUUCAGUUCGCCUAGGAACUGGGGCAUAAAGUAAUGAAGAACUGGGGUGUUGUUGGUGGAAUUGCUGCUGCUCUGGCAGCAGGCGUAUAUGUUCUCUGGGGUCCCAUCACCGAAAGAAAGAAACGCAGGAAAGGGCUUGUGCCUGGCCUUCUCAACUUAGGAAACACCUGUUUCAUGAACUCUUUGCUGCAAGGCUUAUCUGCUUGUCCAUCUUUCAUCAAGUGGCUGGAGGACUUUACAGCCCAAUACAAGACAGACCAGAAUGAAUCAUCGGAGCACCAAUAUUUGUCCCUUACUUUGCUAUGCCUUCUGAAAGCUUUAUCCUGCCAAGAGGUCACAGAAGAUGAUGUCCUGGAUGCAAGCUGUUUGUUAGAAGUGUUAAGACUGUACAGGUGGCAGAUCUCAUCAUUUGAAGAGCAGGAUGCUCAUGAACUAUUCCAUGUCCUUACAUCUUCGUUGGAAGAUGAGCGAGAGCGUCAGCCCCGGAUCACACAUUUGUUUGACGUGCAUUCAUUAGAGCAGCCAGAAAUAACCGAAAAGCAAAUAAGCUGCAGGACAACAGGGUCACUUCACCCCAUGUCGAGUCACUGGAAGUCUCAACAUCCUUUUCAUGGAAGGCUGACCAGUAACAUGCUUUGCAAACACUGCAAACGCCAGAGUCCUGUGAGGUGUGAUACAUUUGACAGUCUUUCGCUGAGUAUUCCAGCAGCCAUGUGGGGUCGUCCUAUGACACUGGACCAUUGCCUCCACCAUUUCAUCUCUUCUGAAUCAGUAAAGGAUGUUGUAUGUGACAAUUGCACUAAAAUUCAGGCAGAAGGAACACUGAAUGGGCAAACCACAGAAAACCAGAGAACAACAUUUGUUAAACAAUUAAAGCUAGGGAAGCUCCCUCAGUGUCUGUGUAUCCAUCUGCAAAGGCUGAGCUGGUCAGACCAAGGCAUGCCUCUGAAACAUCAUGAACAUGUGCAGUUCAAUGAGUUCCUGAUCAUGGACAUCUACAAAUACCACCUCCCUGUCCAUAAAUCAAGCCAGCAUGAUCUAAACCAGAAAGGCAAUCCACGGAUGUUGUCUGAAACAAAGGAUGGGUCAGCAGUAAAAGCCUCAGAUCUGGAGCAGACAUGUAGCACUAAAUCAUUCUUUAUGAAUGGCGCCUGCUCUCCUUCGUUAUUAACAUCCCCGAUAACUUUCCCACUUGCAGUGGUUUCAGAUUGCAGUUCCCCAGUGUACCUCUACCGUCUGAUGGCUGUUGUAGUUCAUCAUGGGGACAUGCAUUCUGGACACUUUGUGACAUAUCGCCGCUCUCCGCCUUCUCCCAAGACCACGCUCUCGGUCAGUAACCAGUGGUUGUGGAUUUCAGAUGACACUGUGCGCAAAGCUAGUUUGCAAGAAGUGCUUUCAUCUAGUGCUUACCUGCUCUUUUAUGAGCGUGUUCACUCAAGAAUGCAGCACCAAACUCAGGAUUUCAGGGCUGAAGAAUGACUUGGACCUUUGGAGAAGGAUACAUCUUGAGAAAACUGCUCUUGUGAGAUGUACAUUGCACCUCCUGACUGUUAUGCAAAUAGCCCACUACGUGCCCUUUGAUAUUCCACUCCUUCCUGGCAAUGGUGCCUGGCUACUGCAGGGAGCUAGUGUUUCAUACCAAAACGAUGCUGCCCAAAGUUGGUCUGCUAGUGUUGGGCCCUCCAGAGUGUGUCUGCAUUAGAGAAGCAUGUUUGCUGUUCAGAUAAUAUUCUCUCUGCAUCACAGUUUUGAAACAGGGAAUUUCAAACAGGGACUUCCCAGGGCCACAUCUUUUUAUUCUGACCUGUAUGCAUGUUUUCAGAUGGAGCUGCUUAGUAUCACCUUAAGGUAUUUCUUAGCAGGGAAGCCCUAGAAGUGAUUGAUGAGAAAUUACUGUUAUCAAAGGCAAUGGUUUAAAAAAAUGAAGUGCCUUGAGAUGAUUUAAAUGGUUACAUUACCAUUAUCUACACCUACAAUCUGUGGAUUACAUUCUGGUAAACGUCUAUAUCAAAGUGAUAUGAAGAACUAUUAACUGAAUCACAUUUCUUGUCAUAACCCCAGCUAAGCAACUAAAACAAGUUGUCUCUACCCAACAUGCUUGAUCCAAAAAAGUCCUUUCCUGUUUGUAUCUUUUUUUCCCUAUUUCCUUUCUUUGUACAUCAUAGAAGUACUUACGUCAAUACAAACGGCAGUUUUCCGUUUCAGGGAAAUACUCAAAUAGUUGAUCAGUUAGAACUGAGACACUGAUUGUUGCGUCAUCUCAUCAUACUGUAAGAGAUGUUAAGAGAGAGCAGUAUCUGCUAGCAAUCAUUAUGGUAAUGUCGUCUGUCUCUGUAAAACAAUUCGAUGCUGUUGCUUUGGAGCAUCAGGUAGACUGUGCCUCUCAGUGCUGAUCUUAAAGGUGACUGAUUGGUAUUCUAAACUCACCUUUCCUACCUUAAUGAUGAACACUGCCAUUGCCUAUCAUCCCUUCUAAGGAAUGCCUUCUGAUCUGCAAUGGAGUUUGAACCGGUUGUGAUUGUGAGCCUGGGACUUGACGCAACAUGUGUCAUGGUGGGUUAGAACACACACAAUUGCAUGGGCAGUGGUUGGCACUUAGUCCAGUAAAAUAGUAGAGUAGCCUGAACAGGUUGGUGUCACUGCAUUAGAUAUUGCUAUUUUUAAAGAGUUUGAUAUUAAUCGUAUAUUGCUGCUCUGUGCUCUUCGGUGUGUAAAAAAAAGAGAUGGGGAAAGAGGCAAGAAAUCCUUUUGGCUGUUUUUAAAUUAAUGGGGAUAAAAUGGACAGACGUGGGAGUUCUUUU